AUGAUUGAAGAACUCAGCAAAGAGCUGAAAGAAAUAAACUCCAUUUCAAAGGUGCGGUCAGUCAUAAUAUCAUCGGAAGGCCCAGCGUUUUCCUCUGGUCAUGACUUACGUGAAUUGGGCAUGAUUUACACCAAAAAAUUUUCGAUCGAUGCAGUAACCUCAUGA